GAGGGGGGCGAGGCGCCGUCCGACGGCGAGGGGAAGGAGCACGCCGCGCUCGUGCAGCGUGAAGCCCGCCUGGAGGACGAGAACGUGCAGCUCAAGCUAGAGAAUCGCAAACUUCAUCAGCACAUAAAAGAGAUAAACCAGAAAGUGACAGAUAUGUCAGUAAAAUCGACUGAGCAGAUUAAUCAAGUAAUCCCAUUAAAUGAAAAUAUUUUACGAAAAGAUGCCAGCGUGGAAGCAAGGGAAGGCAGCUGCGAGCUGGUGCCGGCGGCGCCGCCGGUGGAGCAGGGCGACGGGGCUGCGGGCGAACUGGCAGCGGCGUUCAUAGGCGAGAACGAGGCCCUUCGGAAGGGCAUGCACGAGAUCCUCGACAGCAUUCGGAACCAAGACGGGUGCAGCGACGUGCAGGUGCAGUCGGAGAGCCUGGAGCGGCUGUUGGAGGCGCUGGACGCGCGCCACGUGAGCGGCUGGUACCACCCGGCGAUGCGGCUGCAGGCGCAGCUGGCGGCGCUGCACGGCAGCAACGGCGCGCUGCGCGACCAGCUGCGCACGGCCAGGUUAGGAGAAAGGGCCGCAAGAGAUGAAUGUGAACAAUUGAAAGCGAAAAUCGAACAAUUGGAAUCAAACAACACACAAGACCCUACGUACAUGAAAAAUGCAAUAUACAAUGCGAUGCCAGUUCCUGUAGAUGCUGAUGCUUCAAGCGCAGUGAUAAUCGAGAAGUUAAAUUAUCAUUUAUUGGAAGUUUUAAAUGAGAACGCGCAGGCGGAGGAGCAGAGCGCGCGCCAGGAGCAGCGCUGGCAGCAGCUGAGCGCCAAGUACGCCGCGCUGCGCCACGAGGUGGGGCUGCUGCUGCUGGAGCGCGCCGCCGCCGCCGCCGAGUGGCGCCGGGACCUGCGGCUGCUGGGCGGCGCCGCCGUGCGCGCCCUCGCCCUGCUCGCGCCCGCCCACGCCCCUUAAGCCACGCCACGCCACCAGUUUCAGUUGAACAGCAGUAUGAAUUUAGGCCGCCUCCAUCGUCUCUCAGAGAGGUUCGUCAAAAGUGGCUCGAUAGAGCGGUACAUGUGUAAAGGAUGGCUUGCUAGUCUCAUGUUGUUGUUGUUUUUUUUCUUUCGAGUUAUGUUUGUCAUAUAUCUUUGUGCAAUGUAAUCGAACAAUCUUUUUCUCACAAUAAAUUCGAUGAAUGCUUGUCUUUGUUGUGUUCUUUGUGAGGAAAAAAAACAACUCCAUGUUACUCAGCCUUUGUGCACGGUUGGGUGGAGCAAUGAAGCAUCUCCAGUUCUUUCUAUGUUGUUAGUGGAUGCAGUAUGCUCUUUAUUUUUGUCUUUACGUGUGCUGUGCAAUUUGCUCAAUGGUGCCUCUCCCUUCAUUAAACGUGACAUUUUCUUGGAAUAUCAUAAAAUCCUAUUAUUAGUGGCAAACACGUCAUGACUGAGGAUUCAAACAUGACCCAUUGCUCACCCAAAGAUACCGUUCCUGAAAGAAAAAAUAUAAGGAGAUCAUUGUAAUUAUGGGAAAAGGC